UAAAUGAAUAUUUCCCUCUCUAUGCUCUCUGUCCCUCUAUUCCCCUGAAUUCCUAUUCUCCUCUUAUCUCAUUCCCCUCUUCUCUCUUCUCUGAUUCUUCUCUACACCUUGAUACCAAUAAUUUGGUAUCAGAAAGUUCCAAAAAGGAAUGCCACGGGUUAGUGAUUUUCCUAAUAUGGAUAAGAUAAGAAAGGAAUAAGAAAAUUAUCGGAACCCGCCUCCAGGAGUGAACAUAACCACCAACUAUCAAAAGCCGUUGAACGAAAGUCAACCGCGCUGUCGGACAAUGACCGUAAAGUUUCUCAUUGAUUUCGAACCUUCUCUAGUUAAUUAGAUAUUCUUCUAUUUCUCUGAGCCACUCCUAUUGAAGUUUCUAUUACGAAAAUUAUUCUUUAAAGUACCAGUCGUCAGUCCAUUUGCUAAGCCUAUUUCCUGAUCGAUCGAGCUACACUAACACUACAAUGUCUUUGUCCAUUGUUGAAAAAACACUUUAUCUCGUUCAAUCGGAAGAUCCAAUUCUGAAAGUGCUGGGUGCUAGGGAUAUUCGCCGACUAACAAAGAGUUCCCUGCGUUACCGGCGUCAAUUCUCUGACGCCGUUAAACCCCUUGUUGACAUGCUUCGUUCUACUUCCUUUGAAUUCAUUGAAGCUGCUCUUCUUGCCCUCCUCAAUCUCUCCGUUAAAGAUGAAGGGAACAAGAAAAGUAUCAUAGAUGCUGGUGCCUUGGAACCGAUCAUUGGCUUUCUUCAAUCAGAAAAUGUAAGUUUACAGAAUUAUGCAACUGCUUCAUUGCUCACAUUAUCAGCAUCUUCUGUAACGAAGCCGAUCCUUAGUUCUUUCGGUGUCAUUCCUCUACUUGUGGAUAUUCUAAGACGCGGUAGCUCACAAGCCAAGGUUAAUGCUAUAUUGACUCUUUACAAUCUUUCAACUUAUCAAGGAAAUUUAACAUUGAUUCUUGAAACAGAACCAAUUCCUUACAUAGUUUCUUUGCUUAAAUCUUGUAAAAAGUCUUCAAAAGCUGCUGAAAAAUGUACUGCUCUUAUAGAAUCAUUAAUGUGCUAUGAGGAAGGUAGGAACGCGUUGACGUCUGAAGAAGGAGGGAUUUUUGCAAUAGUAGAAGUGCUUGAAAUUGGAUCUUUGCAAAGUAGAGAACAUGCUGUAGGAGCUCUGCUGACGAUGUGUCAAAUUGAUCGGUGUAAAUACCGGGAAUUAAUUCUUAGAGAAGGUGUAAUGCCUGGACUUCUUGAGCUGACUGUUAAAGGGACAGCUAAAUCUCAAGAAAAAUCACAAACCCUUUUAAGGUUGCUUAGAGAGACUCCUUAUAAAAGGUCUGAGCUUAAACCUGACACAUUGGAGAACAUUGUUUCAAAUCUUAUAUAUCAAUUAGAUGGAAAUGAGCAAACUGAAAAAGCGCGAGGUUUGCUUGCUGAAGUGAUACAAGUUAGUAUGGAUCAAAGUUUGAGGCAUUUACACCAAAGGGAAAUGGUAUUUACUCCAGUCGAUUUGUCUGUUCCCAGUGGCGCUUCAGAGAUCUCUUCAACGUGAUACAUUGUGGUACAUUAGAAUGAUCUCUUUGUUUCCCUCUUCCGAUGUCCUCUAUUUUUCCUCCUGCAGCCAUGCAUGUUAUUGUGUUGAGAUCAAAUUUUUAUGCUUGAUAAAUUAGAUAUUCUAGACAUGCACGGUGAGAGAUCAUAUAGUCGACUGCAACUUAUUUGGAAUUGAGGCGUAAUUAUUACUGUUACUUUUGGAUAAGGCCAGUCGGGGCCCUUCUUGGCCCUGUGACUGGCUAAUGUCAACAAUUUGGGAGAAUUAUAAGUUCUUAGAAUUUUAGUUUUUGAAGUUAGUCUUGGUAUAUUUGUACACAAACUCUGAUGUUUAUACAAAUAAUGAAGGCUCCAAUUUUCCUAGUUC